AAAUUGGCUGGUAGAAAAGAGGGUGGAAAAAGUUGGUCCCUUUUUGUCAAAAUCAAUGUAAAAAUCACUUUUUUAAAUAAAAAGGGCUAUAAAUCAACUCAAGCUGAUUGAAAUCCAUCUCUUUAUACAACAAAUUCAAUCAUCUGACACAAUUGAAAAGCAAAAGUAUCAAAAUCCAGUCAAUGUACAGAGUAUUAUCAGCCCUCACUUUCAAGAGGAUUGAUUGGUUGACUUUCAACAGAUGUAAAAUUAAAAAUCGAACUGUUGUUUUAUGCUCACAAAAACAAACAACUAAAUCAAUAUUAAAAAAGUAAUCUAUACAAUUUGACUUUUGCGCUUUUUUUCAAGUUUAAAAUUAACGCCUUGUUAGUCACAAGUCUCUCUAAAUACUGUUGACUGUUUUUGUUAUGCUCUAACGUCUUUAAGAUGAAUUCAUCUGAUGAACAUUCCAAGAAGCAAGAAGAACCUCAAACACAUGAAGAACCUGAACCAAUAUCGACCGAAGAAAGACAACCUUUUGUUAAUAGUCUACUAAACCUGAUCGAUCAAAACAAAAUUGAUGGAAUCAUUGAUACCCAAAGACACAUGAUGGCAAGAUUUGAAAAAACUAAUGAAAUGCUGGUCAAUUGUAAUGCCCUUUCACUUUCUCGAUAUGAAAUUGCUAUGAAGGAAGUUAAAAGAAUGAGCCAAAAUUUGGGAGAAAUGAAAAAGGAUUUAGAUUACAUUUUCAAACGAGUUAAAUUUAUUAGAACGAAAUACAAUCAGCAACACCCGGAAGCUUUUAAAUCGCUGAUGAACAAAGGUAAUCAAUUGGAUGAAGAAGAGGAUGAGGAAUCUUGAUGGAACUGACCAAACUAAAAUACAUCAAAAUAAUAUCGGGUUUGAACCAGAGAAAAAAAUUAAAGAGAUGAAAAAAAGCUGGACGCAGUUGCGGAUGGUUUUUAGUUAUGAAUGUGCAUGUUGUGUUUGUAAAGAGUUAAUCGAAUAAGUCUUUAAGAGAAUGAUUCAUAAUUUGGCUUAUCGUCACAAUUUUUGAACAAUCUUUCGAGUGAUGGCUAGGUUAAUGCCACUUGUCCUUUAUCUCUAUUAAAAUCUUUAAAACAAGAUGGAAACAAAGCGACAAGCAAAUUUUGCUAUAACUUUUAUCAGAUCUUGGUGUCUUUGGGUUUCCAUGUUUAUGUUGUUGCUGGUUCUUCUAUUGCCUUGGAAUUUUUGGAAGUUUCAUUGGAGUAAAAUAACAGUGGGCUCAUGCCGAGAAAACAUCCGAUCAAGAUACCAAUAACCCGUCCGAUUUGAACGCUUAAACGAGUUCGUAACAUAUCAGUCUGAGCUGGCGUCAAUUUUGGAUAAGUAACACCGAUCUUAUUGGCUAGUGUCUCAACAUACCAAGCUGUCCCUAUUCCAGCCACAUCUGAUAUAGCAUUUCCAAGGGCAGCAGCAGCCAUGGUGGAAAUACCUGAAGGAACAGAAAAAACAAUAGAUUUUAAGUACUCUCGAGAAUCUUAAUUGCCAUAAAAUGAAUUGACUAUUGUACAGAAAGUUUUGUCUAUAUCCAUUUAUUGAGUUUUUUAAAGAAAUUUUGUAAAAGAAAUUGAAAUAUAGCAAAAUUUUCCAA